GAGGAGCUGGAUGCAAAUAAUGUGUUUUCUAAUUAUUGGAGAUUUAUAUUUAAUUGGAAAAGAAUAAUUAUCUGGGGAUUUUGAAUGCUUGUAGUUUGUUGCAGAGAAGGCCGGGUGGUAGUGGUAGUAGUACCGUUGAUUGAAGAUGGAAACAGCUGCCCCUUUUCAGUCAUCUUUCACCCAUCCUCCUCUAAACGGGUCGACCCGACCCAAUCCCUCCCGGGUAGGAUCCAAUUCCAUCCUCUCCGGCGCCUGGCUUCAGCAAAGACUGUCGAUUUCUGGUGUGAAUUUGGGCAACAGUAGAGUUGGCUUUACGAGCACGAAGAAGCUUUCGAUCAGAGUGAGAAUUGCAGAGGUGAAAGCAAAUGAAAGAAGAAAGACACUCGAAGAGAUAUUGUACGCAUUGGUGGUGCAGAAAUUCAUGGAUGCUGAUGUGGCCUUAGUUCCGAACAUAGCAUCUGGGGAAGAUAGAUACAGAGUUGAUAACCAAUGGGCAAUCAUCGGUGGGGUAGGAAAAGGCGGUGGAGUAUUGGACAAACCAGUAAUAGAAAAGACAAAUCAAAAUCCAGGGCGCGAAUCCGAGUUCGAUUUAAGGAAGUCCCGGAAAAUGUCGCCACCGUACCGUGUGAUGCUGCACAACGACAACUUCAAUAAGAGGGAAUACGUGGUGCAAGUCUUGAUGAAAGUCAUACCCGGUAUGACCGUGGACAAUGCGGUCAACAUAAUGCAAGAAGCGCAUAUCAAUGGCUUGGCCGUCGUAAUAAUAUGCGCGCAACCUGACGCGGAAGAACACUGCACGCAGCUUAGGGGCAACGGCCUUUUGAGCUCCAUUGAGCCUGCCUCCGGUGGCUGUUGAGAAAACUCGUCGAUAUAAAAUCGUAGGGCGGAGAUGUGUACGUAUUUGUUAUGUUAUGUACAUAUAGAAGUUGGAAAUCGGUGAAUGGUUUCUAUCUUGAUUUACGUACCUAUCGUAUAUUGAUAUUUAGCCUAUAUAUAUAUACAUACGGACGGAGAUACUAAACUCGCUUCAUAUUAAUGCACCUGUGGGUGGAUUGUAGUUUUGCCUUGUGGGUAUUUGCUUGUCCA